AUGCAGCGACUAAGGAAUUUGAGAUUGAGGUCAAUCUCAAAUUCAGCUUCUGCUGCAAACCUAAAACGCAAAUCUCUCAAUUCAUGGGCUGCAAUUCAAGAAACCUACUUCUCCACCAAGGAUACGUUUGAGAGACACCGAGUUGUUUUCACCGUCGGAACUUCCAUUGCUUCCGUUGCAACUGCUUUCUUAGGGUAUUCGUUGCGUCAUGUGCAUGAUUCCAGAGUUGAUGAAAGGCUUCAAUCCAUUGAACAUGCUAUGAAAAGCAAUGUGAAUCUUCAACAUUCUGAAAUCAAAGAUAUUGUUGGUCAUCCUGGAGGUUGUAGUAUUCCCGCUUGUGCAGCCACUGCUGGAACGACAUUACUCAUCGGGUAUGGCUUGGGAUGGAGAGGUGGAAGCUGGUACACAACAAAGAAGUUCAGAAAGGAACAGAUGAAAUUGCUAGGACAGAUUAAACCUAGAAGAUGGCAAAUGCUUGGGAACAUAAAAGCUAAAGGGUGGAAAUUCCAGUUUCCUAGAAGAUCCAAAGUGCAAGAUACUACAGUGAGAACAUCUGAAACAGUAAUAAAGGACACAUCCUCCACGCACAUUGCUGGAAAAUGUCAUUAG